CGGCGGCGGGUUGGAGGGCUGUGAGGCUGGCGUGGGUAGCGGGUGGGAGCGCAGCCGCGAACCCCUUGGUGGUCGCCGGGGUUUGGGAGCUUUCCCGGGAGGCGGCCCCGGCGGAGCGGGCAUUCCUGGGAGGCGGAGGGCUUCUCCGCGGCGAGUACGGCGGCCGCUGCGAGCAUGUGGUUUUGGCCAAAUUGGGCGAGGGCACAAAAUAACCACUUACCCCUUCUCACCGAGGAAGAGCGGGAGAAAGGGUCCCUGGGGAGGAACUGUGGCUUGCUCAGUCUGGUGUCUUAACAUAGAGCCUAACACAAAAGAGGUAUGGCCCAGUCACAAGGGUGGAUGAAAAGAUAUGUUAAGGCCUUUUGUAAAGGCUUCUUUGUGGCAGUGCCCAUGGCAGUGACUUUCUUGGAUCGUGUCGCCUGUGUGGCAAGAGUGGAAGGAGCAUCAAUGCAGCCUUGUUUGAAUCCUGGGGGCAGCCAGUCAUCUGAUGUGGUACUUUUGAACCACUGGAAAGCAAGGAAUUUUGAAGUACAGCGUGGUGACAUUGUGUCACUGGUGUCUCCUAAAAACCCAGAACAGAAGAUUAUUAAGAGAGUGAUUGCCCUCGAAGGAGAUAUUGUAAAAACCAUGGGACACAAAAAUCGGUAUGUCAAAGUCCCCCGUGGUCACAUCUGGGUUGAAGGUGAUCAUCAUGGACACAGCUUUGACAGUAAUUCUUUUGGACCGGUUUCCCUGGGACUUCUGCACGCCCAUGCUACACAUAUCCUGUGGCCUCCAGAGCGCUGGCAGAAAUUGGAAUCUGUUCUUCCUCCAGAGCGCUUACCAGUAUGGAAUGAAGAGGAAUGACCAGAGCUGUUGGGAUUGGGCACCCAGUUACUAUUAGAAGGAUAAAGAAAGGGAACCUCCAAAAGGGAAAAGCUUCCCACAAUACAAUGCUGUGCAAGAAACAUUCAUAUCACAUUAAGUGAUCACAGACCUUUGAGAAUAUGAAAAUAUUGUACCCAUAUGUCUUAAUGGGGCUAACCUUGAGAUUAUUUGUUUUGCAUGCUUAUUCUACUGAUUGUUUGGUUUUGAUUUUGGUGCUUCUGCUGAGAGAAUUCAAAAAUUAAUAUUUGACAAAAAUCAUUUAUUUGCCAUUUGCUGUCAAGAUGGAAAAAGAAAAAACACAUAUAUGUGAUGAUAGGAAUUAUGUUGAUUGUGAUUGUCAGCAUCUACAAUGUAGUAACUUCCGAUUAUGAAGAACAGUAAACUAUUAUAUUAAAAUAAAACAGUGAUUUAU